AUUCAAAUAUGUGGCAUUUUAUAAAGUCCAAUGCUUCAUUGUCAGCUCUUAAACUCUUCACUACAUAUGGUGCUCCUCCUUUACCUCAAAACUUUAACAUAUACAAGAGGCUCUGCAUGGAAGUGUUUGGAGAGAAUCUUGAAGGAGGGACAGCUUAUUCAAUCUACUCUAGUCUCAGGAAUAUGUUAUUCUCUAUUGUUGAUGAGCUAUCACGUACAUCAGAGUCUGGCAGUUUGAGUUGUAGAGAGUUUGAGCAGUAUCUAUUGGUAUCACAUUAUCUUGCUACUUGAUCAGCUUGCAGUAGAGUACCACAGCUCAAUGGUAUAGUAGCUAAGAUAUCAGUAUCACUCCUACGACACACUGAUGUCAUACCUGCUGAUAGAGCUUUCUAUCAAGCUGGGAUGUACUGUAAGGUCAGUAUU